AUGACAAAUACCAAAGACAGAAUCCAAUCAAUUGCAAAUCAUUUGGAUCCUACCAACUCGACCAAGGAUGAAGCUCUUGAGAAAUCAGAGUGGAAAAAUGAAAUUCUCGAAAUCAGACGUCGUCAAAAACAGAAUCGCACAGCUGAUACCAACGACAGAGGAUACAUCCGGCAGAAAACAACUGGCAAAUUAUGGGUGCGUGAACGUAUUGAUGCCUUCCUCGACCAUGACAGUUUCCUUGAAGUGGGAAGUGUUGCUGGCAAUACAAAAUACAACAAAGAUGGCAGCGUCGAAAGUUAUACAGCUGCCAAUUUCGUUGCCGGCAAAGGCAAAGUCGAGAAUAGAGAUGUGAUUGUGGCUGCUGAUGAUUUUGCUAUUCGUGGUGGUCAUGCAGAUGGUGCCGUGUGGGGCAAAUCGUUGUACGCAGAGCAAUUGGCUCGUAAAUUAAAGAUCCCAAUGGUCCGUUUGAUUGACGGCAGUUCCGGAGGUGGAUCUGUUACUCUUAUGCUGGAGAAAGGGGCUACUUACUUACCACCUUUAUUUGGCAUGCAUGAUAUGAUUGGCAGUUUGUCUGAAAUCCCUGUGUGUGCAGCUGCUUUGGGACCUGCAGUAGGCCUGGGAGCUGCUCGAGCAACAUUGACUCAUUUUUCGGUUGUUGCAAACGACAUUGGCUCUUUAUUUGCUGCUGGGCCGCCCAUUGUAGCCAACGCUACUUUUGAGACAGUAUCCAAAGAGUCGCUUGGUGGCGCCUUGAUCCAUACAGCCAAUGGCACAAUUGACAAUCUGGCAUCCAAUGAACAAGAUUGUUUCAAUCAAAUCCGUCGAUUUUUGAGCUACAUGCCUACCAACAACUUUGAACUACCACCAUACGUAGCCACUGAUGACUCUUGUAAUCGUAGAGAUGAUGAAUUGCUGUCUAUUAUACCCAAGCGUCGUCAAAGAAUGUACCAGGUUCGAGAUAUCCUUACACGUGUUGUUGAUCAUAAUUCGUGGUUCGAAAUUGGGUCUCGUUGGGGAGAUGGUGCUGUCUGUGGUUUAGCCAGAAUGCAUGGCCAUGUUGUUGGUAUCAUCACAUUCGACUGUACGUUGAAGGGAAGUGUUAUUUCUGCUUCUAGCUGCCAUAAGUUCCGUAGACACAUUGAUUUGUGUGAUACAUUCGGUAUUCCCAUUCUCAAUUUUGCAGAUUACGCUGGUUUUGCUGUGGGUACAUUGGCUGAAAAGGAAGCCACUAUUCGCUAUGGUUCCACACUCACAGCUGCUCUGUAUCAAUGCGAUGUACCUUAUUUCAGCGUUGUUUUACGUAAAGUAUUUGGUGUAGCAGGUGCCGCUUUUGUAGACAACCGAGUUCCUAAUAUGCGAAUUGCAUGGCCCAGUGGUGAUUGGGGCAGUCUACCCUUAGAAGGUGGCAUUUAUGCUGCCUAUCGUCGUGAACUGGAUGAGGCAGGGGAUAAACGCAAUGAACUGUACGAAAAGAUCAUGGCUCAAUUUGAAGCCGUCAGAUCGCCUUUACGUACAGCCGAGUUGUUUGAUAUGCCUGAAAUCAUCGAUCCUCGAGAUACAAGACCAGUGUUAUGUCAAUGGGUGAAAAUGAUGUACGAUCAUGUGUUGCCACAAAGAUUGGAGAGAACCAAGAUUCAAGGACCUCGUAUUUUGUAUCGCCCAUAG